UGACAUUCAAAAUUUCAAAAUUUCAAAAUCUUCCAAAAAUAUGUAGACAAAUUGGACAGACGGUACCCAAGGUAACAUGAGAAAUCGUACCGCUUCUCUUUUCCAUUCUUCUGCAAACCGCAAAACAUAAGGAACCGCCAAAUAUCAGAGCCCACGUGUCUUCCUCCUUCGAUACCAUCCUAUGUGUCUCUCCCUCGCAACGGCCCGCCCCUAAUAGCCGACUGCUCAGCCACCUGUUCUCUCUCUCAUCUCUCUCUCUCUCUCUCUCUCUUCCUUCUGCUCUUAUCAUCCAAGAACCCACAUUUCCAAUUCCAUUGGGAUACAUUUAUCCGUACGUUUGAUAAACCCAGCGUUUCGUUUGAUCUGCACAGAGAGCAACAUUGGUUCACAAUUUAUAGACCCAUUUAGCAAUUUGAGCCGUUUCAACAGAAAAAUAUUGUCUUUGGUGUUUGCAAGCUUCUGUUGUUCCAAAAUACAAUUGCCCACUUCACUGUUUGAGCCAGUUUCUGUGAAAGUUUACCUCUUUGGUGGGUUUGGGCAUCAUUUUGAUCUUAAAGACAGAGAUCCCUUGGCUGUUUUCAGGUGUUAAAGUUUUUUGGUGGGCAGGAAAUGAAUGUGCUUGAGGAGGAACAAACUGCUUUUGAGAUUGGGGUUGUGGUUCCGAAGAGAGAUCUGAAGGAAGAAGAUAAAGAUUCUGACUGUGUGGAGGUGUUGGUAGAUGAGUUUAGAAAUUUGGGUUUGGUAGUUGAGAGAGUGCAUGGCGUUGUUGAUGAGUUUAUCAAGUUGGCAGCACCUUUGGAAACACUGGGGAGGGCUGCAGCUGAAUUGCAUAUUAAAAAACGAACUCCUAUUGGGAUGGAUUUAGAAUUUGAAUGGGAAGAGGUUGAUGCUUUUGAGAGACAGCCUGAUGGUUCUUUGUUCAGUUGGUGUGAGCGUUUUCGCUGCUAUAGGCACAUAAUAUAUGGAAUUAUUAACAAGAGUCAGUCAAGUGUAACAUUAAGAUUGGACAGCAAAGAAUUCAAAUGGGAAGUCGGGGAGUAUUUACUUCAGAAAUUGGAGUCAGAGAGGAUAGUCAAAGAAGUGUUUCCUUUGCAUGAUGAAAUAAAAAGGAAGAAGCUCCUUCAGACGUGGGCACUACACUGGUGGGACUUCACAAACCAGCCAAUAGAUGAGAUUUAUUCCUAUUUUGGAACAAAAAUUGCCAUCUAUUUUGCUUUCCUUGGAAUGUACACUCGGUGGUUGCUCUUUCCGGCUGCAUUUGGGCUUAUUUUGCACAUGUUUGAUUUUGGGUCAUUGCAAUUACUGGUGCUCCCCAUUUUCUUCAUAAGCAUAAUAUUGUGGGCUAUAAUGUUUUCCCAGUUCUGGAAACGUAAAAACAAUGCCCUUUUAGCCAGAUGGAAGAUUCGUUACCCAAUUAGAGCUGACCUGGGAUAUAGACAGGGCAUGGAGUGGAAUUCCUCACAGUCUAUUGAAAUCGCAAAAAAAUGGGGGACUGACAAAACUAAAGAGAGAGAAAUGUUCCAAAGAAUUGAGUGGUUUGGACGACUCAUGAGAUUCCGAAAUGAUGCUAUCAUUAUCUUCAGUAUUAUAUGCCUCCAGUUACCGUUCGAACUAGCUUAUGCUCAUAUUUACGAGGUUAUUGGGUCUGAUAUUAUGAAGAUUGGGUUGACUACCAUUUAUCUUUUUGCCAUUCAGUUCUUUACACAGAUUGGGGGCAAGAUCUCCGUCAAGCUCAUUAAGUAUGAAAAUAAUGAAAACACAGAAAAAAAAGCUGACAGCUUGGUCUACAAGGUGUUUGGUCUUUAUUUCAUGCAGUCGUAUAUAGGGGUUUUCUACCAUGCCCUUUUGCACCGCAACUUUUCAACACUCCGCAAAGUCUUGAUUCAACGCCUCCUUGUGUCUCAGGUGUUGGAAAACUUGUUGGAAAAUACUUUGCCAUAUCUCAAGUACAGUUAUAAGAAAUAUAGAGUUCGCAAGAAAAAACGUGAAAAAGGUUCAUCAACUGGGAAGAUCCAGUUUGCUUCUAGGGUAGAAAAAGAGUACCUGAAGCCUUCUUAUUCCGCAAGCAUUGGCAUGGAACUUGAAGAUGGGUUGUUUGAUGACUUUCUGGAGGUUGCAUUGCAGUUUGGAAUGAUAAUGAUGUUUGCUUGUGCAUUCCCCCUUGCUUUCGCUUUUGCAACUUUGAACAACAUCACCGAAAUUAGGGCAGAUGCAUUGAAGCUUCUUGCCAUGUUGAGAAGACCGACUCCUCGUUUUUCCACAACAAUUGGAGCUUGGCUGAACAUAUUUCAGUUUCUCGUCGUUAUGUCUAUAUGCACCAACUGUGCGCUUCUAGUAUGGUUAUAUGAUGAAGAGGGCAAAUGGAAGAUAGAGCCUGGCCUGGCUGCAAUUCUGGUUAUGGAACAUGUCCUCUUGUUGAUUAAGUUUGGAUUCUCCCGCUUUGUUCCCGAGGAACCCGCUUGGGUGAAGGCGGACCGUGUGAAAGAUGCAGCAAAGGCUGAGAACAUGUGCUCUAAACAGCUUUUGAGGAGCAUUUCUGGUGAGAGGGCGACAUUUGGUGAACUUAAAAAGUCACAAUAAGGUCAGGGAGUUGAGGUUUUAUCGUU